AUGAUUAUGAACAAAAACGCCCCUCCGUUGAAUAUUGAUGCAUCAGUUCUGCUCUUCGUUUCUGGAGGCUCUCCACGACCGCUGGUGGAUUGGUCAGGGGUGCCGACCAUCAUCCUGGUGGUCUUGGCACUCGUGAUGGCAGCUACAGCAAUGAUGGUACGUCCAGGGGAUGCCAAGAGGCCCAUUCGGCUACCAGGGCCACCAGCUCUACCGAUUAUUGGGACCAGGUGGCUGUUCUGGAGUCGGUAUAAGUUAAAUAAACUCCACGAGGCUUACGAAGAUAUGUUCAGGCGAUACGGGCUGGUGUUCGUGGAGAUGACGCCAGGGGGCACCCCUAUAGUGUCAAUAGCGGAACGGGGGGUCUUGGAGGCAGUAUUGCGGACACCGUCUAAGAGACCUUAUCGGCCUCCCACGGAAAUCGUCCAGGUGUACCGCCGCAGCCGUCCCGACAGAUACGCGUCGACCGGACUUGUCAAUGAGCAAGGGGACAAAUGGCAUCACUUACGGCGACAUCUGACAUCGGAUCUGACCAGUCCACAAACCAUGCAAAACUUCAUUCCACAGUUGAACAAUAUUUGUGAUGACUUCCUAAUUCUCUUGAAGAACUGCAGGCGACCUGAUGGUACCGUCCUCGGCUUCGAUCAUCUUACGAAUAGAAUGGGCUUGGAAUCUGUUUGUGGAUUAAUGCUGGGUGCAAGAUUGGGUUUUCUGGAGCGGUGUAUGUCUGGCCGUGCUGCUACUUUGGCGACUGCUGUUAAAGCCCAUUUUAGGGCUCAAAGGGACUCGUACUAUGGCGCCCCAUUGUGGAAGUUCGCACCCACUUCGUUAUACAAAUCAUUUGUGAAAAGUGAGGAUACUAUUCAUACGAUAGUAUCAGAUCUAAUGGAGGAAGCGAAAUCUCGGUCCCGCGGCGCGGCGCAAGACGACGGCAUGCAAGAGAUCUUCCUCAAGAUAUUGGCUAACCCUGAACUAGACAUGAGGGACAAAAAAGCCGCAGUCAUCGAUUUUAUCACGGCUGGCAUUGAGACAUUGGCAAACAGUUUAGUAUUCCUCCUAUAUUUAUUAAGUGGAAGACCAGACUGGCAACAAAAAAUUAGAUCCGAGUUGCCAUCUUGCGGAGACCUCCGUAUUGAGCAAUUGUCAUCAGCGCCAUCUAUCAAAGCAGCAACAAACGAAGCAUUUCGAGUCCUGCCCACUGUCCCAUUUUUGGCUCGCCUUCUAGAACAACCAAUGAAUAUUGCUGGCCACAAUUUUCCCGCUGGUACUUUUGUCUUGGCGCACACGGUGACAGCGUGCAAACGUGAAGAGAACUUCUGGCGUGCCAGUGAGUAUCUGCCAGAACGUUGGAUAGACGUUCGAGAACCCCAUGCUGCAUCACUUGUCGCGCCGUUUGGUCGUGGCAAGCGCAUGUGUCCGGGAAAGCGAUUUGUUGAAAUGGAGCUGCAUCUUUUGGUUGCCAAGAUAAUACAGCAAUGGCGCGUGGAAUUCGACGGCGAACUUGAUGUCCAAUUCGAUUUUCUUUUAUCACCAAAGUCCCCCGUAUCCUUACGAUUAGUCGAAUGGUAG